AACAUGGAGAUUUGCUGUUCUUUUAAAUCUAUUGUCGGUGGAAUCUGUGGUUUUGACCGUAAAGAUCGUGCAUAUGAUACACAGGUGAUACCUCUAUUGACAUGCAAGAAAGACAUCUCGAGUCACUUGCGGAGUUGCAAGUUUUCUGGCCCUGAAAAUGAGGUGGAUUUAAUUUUGUCUCGCGCUGGUUUAUUCAAGACCCCCMAAAACAUAGAAGAAAUAACCAUUUGUCCAAACCAUCGUUCUGUUCUUGGCAUUGGGUGGAGUCGGGGCUCUAACACUAGAUGUAGGAUACCCCAAGAAGUUUCUGGUCAAAAAUGGAAAGGGAAAAUACCAAAGGCGGACAGAGGUGUUGGAAAAGGCGCAUCUCAGAUGCUGUUGAAACAAACUGGAACAUUUAUUCAAGCUGGUUCUGGUAAGUGUCCUUAAAAGUCAUCUCUAUUUGAUAUCCUCCUGAUUUUAUGAGCUCAGGAUAACGUUUUCAAUUUACUAUUCAAUCUAGGAAUGUGCACCAACUGUGAAAAAAAGUUAAAACAAACAGAGCUUGAAGAGAAUAUCGUAUCAACGGUUGCAAUGGAUUUUGAGAAGCUUCAAUUGACGGAUGAAGAUCAAGAGGUCUCCUUUAAAACACCACUGAAGUCAAGUCCAGCUGCCUCAGUCUGUGCAUUACAYGAAACACCCGUGAGCCUUUAUCAGCCUUCAGAGGCACAGUCCGUAUCCUUGGUUCUUGAAGAAGACAAAUCCAUUACAUAUGAGACACCUAGAGACCACCUCAACGCAUUUCUAGCUUCACGGGAUAUAAGCCCGAUUCGCCACUCAUUGGUAACACCAUGGGACACAGCGUCAGCGCGAACAAAACGCYACCAUACUCGAAAGGCAAAACAAGUUGUCGGCGCAUGUCUUGAAGAGAUUGCGCCCCAAGACCACCAACAGCUCCUUACCUCGGUCUGUAGUUCUAAUAACACUUGCGAUAAUAUAGAUUCUGCUUUGCUAGACGCGCUCACUGAGUGUUACAACAACGCUGGACAUUGGAGUACGCGUAGGCAGAUUCUUUCCAUUAUUGCAGAUAAAGUCAGCUAUAAUGAACUACAGAGAUGGAUACCAGACCUUUCCAGGUACCGCUACAAUAUCGCAAGGCAUCAUCGUCUCUUACACGGAAGAGGUUCAGUUAUCCUCUCCCCGUCGACCGCACGGAUGUAUGUUCCAAAAGAAAAACUAGACCACUUUCUAACGUAUCAAAGUUAUUGUCAUGAAUCAGGCUUUUCCCCUAUGAGUAGAAGCACCUUGUGCCGAGUACUAAAUGUAUGUUCAGCGUCGGUACGCAAAUCCCUACAAGGAUUAGAUUACUUCUCCGCUGAAGGGGCUAAAGCUUUUGAMGAACUGGAAGAGAUGGUGGAAAAGCUUGGUGAUGAAUAUGGAAAAGGACUUACUUGGGCAAAACAACAAAAUGAAAAGCUAAAACGUUCCAAGAGAUAUCUCAAAACCGACUAUAAGGUUCACAUUUCCCAGAGUUCCACAGUACCUGAUCACUGCAUACCUUAUGCUCUUAGCUUUAAAGCUGACGAAGACUACAUUUCGUCUUGUGACCAUGAGCACAAGGAAAGGUGUGACCGCUGUGAUGUAUUUCCUGGUGUUAUUAAUGAAGUGCAUACAGUUUUAGACAACCUUGAAGAAGGAGCUGAAAAAGAUGAGAUGAAAUAUGACGUCGAUCAGUAUGUUAACAAAGUUGAUGCAUGGAAAGCUCAUAUUCUCCGUUUGAUAAAUCAAGAUAAAGCACAGUUAGAUAUCCUUCAAAAUCUGGACCCAGAGUCCGCACUCCUUGUUUUUGAUUGGGCAAUGAAGUUUCUGCCAAGGAAGUUCCGUGAGGCACAGAGCGAUUGGUUCGGUAAGCGUGGCAUCAGCUGGCAUGUAACAGUAGCUAUCCGAAGAARUGAAGAURGAAAUAUGCAGAYGCUUACUUUCGUGCAUGCAUUCGAAAAGUGCAUCCAGGAAAGUGAUACAGUCUUGGCAAUCAUUGAUAAUAUCUUCUACCAGCUUAGGUCUAUUGCACCAGGAAUUAAAAAUGUCUUUCUUAGACAAGACAAUGCUGGAUGCUACCACUCAGCUUCAGUGUUGCUAUCAGUCCAGCGAAUAGCUACCAAGCACAAACUCCAUCUAUCCCGUGUGGAUUAUUCAGACCCUCAAGGUGGUAAAGGAUCCUGCGACCGCAAGGCAGCAACGAUAAAAAGCCACAUGAAAGUCUAUCACAACGAAGGUCAUGAUAUCGAGACAGCGGAGCAGAUGGUGUCAACGAUAGAGUCAGCACGUGGUAUACCGGGGGUGAGGGUAACGUUAUGUGGCCAGCAAACCAGUCAGAUACCUUUUCCAGUGAAAUGGGAGGGAAUCAGUUUCCUUAACAACAUGGAGCCCAGCGAAGAAGGAAUAAGAGUCUGGAGAGCUUAUGGGAUAGGACCCGGCAAACUGUUGUUGUGGAAAKAUUUCGAUGUUCCAGAGAAUCAUCAAUUACCAACCCUUAACACUGUAGGUGAACGUAGUGAUCGCACUUCCUCUACUUCGUUUACUGAUGUUACUGCACGACGUCUCAAAAAAUGGGAAGCACCUAGUCAUCAAGCUGAGACAACUGCACAACUUGAAACAGAAGAAGAUAAUUCCGACCCUGAGGAGCAGAGUUUGUUCUUUUGCCCAGAAGAAGACUGUGUCAAAUCCUUCCAAAGGUAUUCUUCUUUACAAAACCACAUACACUGUGGCAAGCACAAGUAUGUUCUGGAGCGUGAAACCUUUUUUGAUAAAGCGAUAUUGAUGUACGCAGCUAAACUAGAGCAAGGAGCAACUUGUGAUGUGCCACAAAUUUCUGAAGGAACUCCCUCUGUYGCAGUGAAUGAGCCUACUUUGAAAAUGGGCUGGGCYCUAAAAAGUACCAAGCAGCGCAAGCGCCACUCAGAAAAACAGAARAAAUACCUGCUAGAAAUAUAUCAAAUUGGCGAGCAAACUGGUCAAAAGGCUGAUCCUGUCUCCGUUUCAAAAGCUAUGAGAAAAGCAAAGCUCUCCAGUGGCGAACCUAUGUUCUCUGCCACAGAAUUCCUGACAUCGCAGCAAAUUUCAAGUUUCUUUUCGCGAGUCACAGGAAARAAGAAAUGUCAAGAUUAUGAAGAAUUUCAAAAAGAUCAACAGGAAGUUGAAACAGAAAAACUAUUGCAAGACUUACAGAGUGAGGUUCUUAGCGUAGUUUCCACCCGCCAUCCAAUCAUAUACGACGUUUACGACCCUUUGCGACUUGGCCUCUCGCAAGAAGUUAGACAGGUUUUCUAUUCUGGUGUUGCAAGAUAUCUGUUCCUCUUUUCAACUAGAUGGUUCUGGCAUUAA